AAAGUUUCUGUGGAAAGAGCUACGGACAAAGAAAUCUCUCCUUGACAAAGUGAGCUAGAAUUACCAGCUCUUCAGCUGCAGCUGAAGGCGGGAGUCCAUGGAACCCCAGAAGCUGCUGAUAAUUGGAUUUCUGCUGUGCUCUCUAACUUGCCUCUUGUUGGAGAGAGCAGCUUCUCUUUCGCCUUUGUCUGCCUUGGGAAUACAAGAAAAAGAAGGAACGAAACCAUGCUCAGGGGGUGUGUUUGCUGUUAGGAUGAAUGCUCCUUUCUUCAUAGGACGUGAGGUUUAUGUGGCAGGUAAUCACAGGUCCUGGCUGAAGAACUUCAGGGAUUCCUUACGGGAUCUUCUCAAGAGUGCCUUACCUCCAGCAGGCAUUGUUGCUUUUUUUCUCACCUCAGCACUAAUAGCGAUCCUCUGCUGCUUCAGCAUUCUUGUAGUUGACCCAGUCCAGUGAAGAACUAGAAGAUUCAAUAGGGCAAGUGUGGUCUCUCAUUUGCUGUCUGCUUAAAAUGAGGAAGUAUUUUCAGUUAAAAUUAAAUUGUCUUCCAACUU